UAUGGCCGGAAAGGCCGUGGCCGGCAGGCCAUUUUUCACUACACACACACAGUUAACUGACAGGCAGCUGCCUGCCGGCGGCCUGUUGACUGUUAAAACUGAACGUGUGUAGUGGUUGGCCGGCCGGCAUUGGACUGAAGGGAAAAUUUUAGUCCAGACUAAAAUUAUUUACUAAUAAUACCAUUAAUAAGCAGGCCGAGGUAGGCGAAGUAUUUAAGUGGUGCGACAUAGUAGCAAAAAGUGUGAUUUCAGUGAUUUUAGUGGUGGAUAGUGCUGUGUAUUAGUUAACCCCAUAAAGUGUAACAGUAUUGAGUGAUUCGACGACGUUGAAAAAAUGGCAAACCAACCAAGUUUCAUCAAAGAUUUUAUUGAAUUAUACCAAAAGCAUAAAUGUUUGUGGAAAAUAAAGGACUCCAGUUAUGCUAACAAAGCUUUACGAGCAAAAGCCUAUCAAGAAUUGCUUGAGUUGUAUAAAACAGUUGAUAGUGAAGCCACGGUAGAAUCUGUGAAAAAUAAGAUUAAUAACAUGAGAAGUGCAUUUAGAAAAGAACUUAAAAAAGUGAAGAUGUCAAAGAGAAGCGGUUCUUCGGCCGACGAAAUAUACACGCCCUCCCUUUGGUACUAUGACCUACUUUUAUUUACGACAGAUCAAGAAGAAUGUAGGGAAACACUGUCUUCCUGCGUAGAUAUACAAGACGAGUCUGAAAAAACAGGAGGAGAUAAUGAAGAAAAUGAAUUGGAAUCCGAAUUAAGCAGUACAGAAGCUUCAAAUCCAUUCUCACCAACAACAAUAUCGGAGACAACAUGUUUAUCCAGAACACCCACACCGACAAGGAAAAAAGCGAAACAAACCAAACAUGAUCUGAUGGUCGAGAAAGCAUAUGAAGUUUUAAGUAGAGGUGAUAAUGAGUUCAAAACUGUUGGAGCAAAUGUUGCAUGGAAACUUCAACGAAUGGAAAAAAAUCAGCGCGAUAUUGCUGAACAUUUGAUAAAUACUAUUUUACAUUAUGGAAUUACUAACAAACUAAGCGACAAUGUAACUAUAAAUUUAUAUCCAUCAAAUAGAUUUACUAAUAAUGCAGCAUAUAAUAUGUACAGCCAAGAUUCGAGUCAUUUGCAGGCACAGCAUAGUCAGUCACAAUUAUAUCCAGAUAUUACUUUUGUAACACCACCUACUCAGUCCCAAAUACAGUCUUGUACUCAGUCAUCACGGCCACAACAUUAUACGCAGCAACUAGGAUCAGCAUAUCAACCGAAAAUACCAGUCCAAACUACUUCAUAUCUACAGUCAUUCACUCCAAUUACGCAAAUAGACUCUUGUAAUCGACCACAACUAUGUUAUGAACCACAAUCACCGGACCAAUCACAACCACAACAUUAUACUAACUAUAAUUCACACUCUCAAACACAGCCACGCGCUUCAUCACAAAUAGAGUCGCAGUCCCAGCUUACUUAA